CACUUGGAAGUCAAUAUGGCGCCCUGUUUACUUUGACAGAUGCCAUUUAUUUGGUACUAGUUGUUUGAAAACACCAUCGAAAAACUGUUUGGAGAGAUAUAGAAUAUUUCUUUGUGACUGACAUCUGACUUUUAUUAAUAUGGCAACUAGAAGUUUGACUGAGGUUUUUGUUUUAAUGCGAAACAAUGCCAUGCAAAGUCGGCACAUAUAUACUGAACAGGCUGUCUCAGAUCGUAUGGCCUUGGUGCCUCGUUCUGUUGAUGUUGACAUUGAGCUUGCGGAUUCUCGCUUACCCCCAACAUGGUCUGACGGAUUAGAAGAGGCCCAAUAUGCUCUUUCUAGAAUACGUGGGAAGUUGAAGCAACUAACUGCUCUGCAUACUCGCCACUUGCAGCGUCCCACACUUGAUGACACCAGGAAUGAAGAAAUUCAGAUUGAAGCCUUAUCUCAGGAAAUUAUGAGGAUGUUCAACAGCUGUCACAAACUUAUUCAACAAAUUCGUCAUGAUGGUAUGAAUGGCUCUGGCAAAGAAAGACAAUUGGCAAAAAGUGUUGUGUCAGCCCUUGCCAACUCCCUUCAGGAUCUCUCCAAUAAUUUCAAGACCUCACAAGGGGAUUAUUUGAGAAAGCUAAACUCUAGAGAAGAGAGAUCGAGACAAUAUUUUGAAAAUCCAUGGGAUGUGCCUAGCUCAGCUUCUGCACAAAGUAAUGCUGCUUUCCUUGGUCUAGAUGAGAGAUGGGAAGUGGAUAGUAGUCUUGACAAUAUAGACCAACAGUUUUCAAAUGUAGCCUCAGGGAAAAUGACACAAACUCAGUUGCUUCUUAUGGAAGAAGAAAACACAAAAAUCAUUGCUGAAAGAGAGAAGGAAGUUUCUCACAUUGUCCAGUCAAUAAGUGAACUGAAUGCAAUUUUCAAAGAUUUAGCUCAUAUGGUGGCAGAUCAGGGGACUAUACUGGACCGAAUAGAUUACAAUGUUGAACAGACUCAAAUACAAGUUGGUCAAGGAUAUCAACAAUUACAAAAAGCUGACUCUUAUCAAAGGAAGAAUAGAAAGAUGGUGUGUAUUCUAGUCCUUGCUGCAGCCAUCAUACUAAUGCUCUUCCUCCUUAUAAUAUUUAAACUUUAGCUUUAAAUAGAACUGCUGUGCCUAUUCUCUUGUUAAUAGGUCUUCUUAUCUUGUGUCUCUUAAUCUUUUGAAGAUCAAAAAGUCCUGGUACACUUGCACUCACCUUGCUCUUUGUUCCCCGCUUAUGUUCCCUGACUAUGCCUCCUGAAAGCCUAUGAUGAUGAGCAUGACUUUUAUUUGGAAUGCACUGUAAAUUCUGACCAUUCAUUUUUCUGCUUUUCUUUAAUUUUGUACAACUAUCACAUCUUAUUUAAAUAUACCCCUCUAAGUUCAGAUAUUGCAUCCGCACUACCCUAGUCAUAGAACUGAUAGAUAUAUCAACUAUCUUAGAUAAUUGAAAUGUUAGGGUGGAUUUAGUCUUGUGCACCCAAAGUUGAUGCCUCAUACAUAAGAUACAUUUUUCAGUAGCUGACAGAGAAGAUGUUGGCUUUGUAUUUACAUGACCAAAUCCACCGUUGGGGGUUUAUUUUAAUGCUGUGACUACGCCGUGGUCAUGCUGCACUGAAUGUGUCAAUACCAGAAGCAUUGUUAUCUUCCUGAGACCAGGGGCUUCAAGUUAUCCAAUUUAUAGUCAAAAGUGUAUUUGGUCAGAUCAUACAUCCUGAGUUGGAACCAAUGCUUUCUGUGUAGAUCAGCUUUUUUAGCCCUCUUUGAAGACUGUUAUACACUUAACUUAAAAUGUACAAAGUUAGUCUCUGAAUUGAAAAUAUUGUGUUAAUGAUUCCCAUAUUACUUCUCUAUUAUUUUUGUGAAAUUAUGGAUUUAUCUUAUAUGCCUGUUCUAUUUUUGUUUGUAUUUUGAAGUUUUCAUCUGUGAUCAUAAUUUAUUUUGGGCAUGUUUGCUGCUGUGGCCAAAUAAGAUUUUAUCUAUGUUGUAGUUUGUGUAACAUUGUGAGACAAUGUUAAAUGGAGUAUUAUCUAAUGUCAAAGUCAUUUAUGUUGCAAGGUGUUCCCAUUUCUAAGUAUUACAUUAUGACUUAUUUAAGAAAUGAAAACAUUGUUGAAUGCUGUUUUAGUAGAAAAUGAGAGAUGACUUGAAAAAAUAAAUUAUUGCAUAUUUUA